AUGCAACAACAAUCACCACCAACAGCACCACAACAACAACAACAACAACAAAGAGAAAGAGAAACAUAUCAAUUAGAUCACAUAGGGGUGCAUUGUAAUGUUACAGAUUGCAGAGUUUUAGAUUUUUUACCAUUUAACUGUGAUCUUUGUAAUUUAAGUUUUUGCAUGGAACAUAAAGGAUAUGAAAAUCAUAAAUGUAAAAAUAUAGAACAAAGAGAAAAUAAAAUUGUUCAUCCGUGUCCAGUUUGUAAUUGUUUAAUUAAAGUAGACUCUUUAGCAAAUUUAGAUCAAACUGUACGAUUUAUUAUAUCAGUUCAUAUGGACACCGAUUGUAAAUUUAAUCAAUCAAAAGCACCAAAAAGUUUUAAAUGCUCAUUAAAAACUUGUAAAACAUCUGAGUUCGUUGAAGUUAAAUGUGAUAAAUGUAAAUCCAAUUAUUGUUUAAAACAUAGGUUCCCAACAAAUCACAGUUGCACUGGUAAACCAAUUAUAAAUUCUCUAUCAAAACCAAUUAACACAACCAUUAAUAAUAAUAUUAAUAAUAAUACUAAUAAUAUUAAUAAUAAUAUUAAUAAUAAUAAAAAUAAUAAUAAUAAUAAUAAUAAUAAUAAUAAUAAUAAUAAUAAUAAUAAUAAUAAUAAUAAUAAUAAUAAUAAUAAUAAUAAUAAUAAUAAUAAUAAUAAUAAUAAUAAUAGUAAUAAUAAUAAUAAAUUAAUAUACCCAGGUAAUAUAAAAAAGAAUAUUGUUGAGGAUAAACAAUAUUAUUUAGAGCAAAAAAAUCAAAAAAGUGAACUACAAAAAUUGAGAGAAGAACAAAAUCAAAGAUAUAAAUCAUCAGAGGAGAUUGGAGAAAUUGGGAUUAUUCAAACUAAUGGAGCUAGAAUUCAAUAUGAUUUCAUGGCUACUGACACCUUAAGAUCCGUUCAAAAAUUCAUAAAUUCAAAUCGUACUGAUGGUACUUGUUCUUAUGCAUUGUGUACCCAACCAACUGGAAAUCCUUUUACUUUGAAUCAAUUGAAUCUAUCAAUUCGUCAAUUAGGUUUAUUACCAGUUUCAACUUUAUAUAUGCUUCCUCUAGAUAAUUCAAACAAUUUUAAUAAUAGUGGUAAUAAUAACAAUAACAGUUCAGAUCAAAGUUUGUUAUCUUAUUUAAAUCCUUUCAAAUAUUUCAAAUAA